AUGGCCAACUUAAGAGGUCUCUUCCUUGCACUUGCUAUCUCUCUGAUUGCACUAAAUCUGAAUUCUGUAGAAGCCACAUUUCCAGAGAAUGUUUACUUUACCUGGGGAGCUAAUCAAGCCACGAUUAGCAGUAAUGGUGAAGAUCUUCAGCUUGUGCUAACCAAUUUGUCAGUCAAGGCACCUUCUCCUACUCUGCUAACUAUAUUGGCUUCUCUUGGUUUUUCAGGGUCUGGAAUUCAAUCCUAUAAUGCAUACCUCUUCGGCAGUAUCGAAAUGCUAAUAAAAUUAGUCCCUGGGAAUUCUGCUGGCACUGUUACAGCCUACUAUUUGUCUUCAACCGGUGACAAGCAUGAUGAGAUAGACUUUGAGUUCUUGGGUAAUUCAUCAGGAGACCCUUACACUGUCCACACAAAUGUCUUUGCUCAGGGUGUUGGAGGCAAAGAACAGCAAUUUAAACUUUGGUUUGACCCAACUGCUGAUUACCACAACUACACUAUACAUUGGAACCCAAGUGAAAUUGUGUGGUUUAUUGAUGAGCUGCCAAUCCGAGUCUUUCGAAACUAUGAGAGUAAGGGCAUUGGUUACCCAAACAAGCAAGGGAUGUGGCUUUAUUCCAGCUUAUGGAAUGCUGAUAACUGGUGCACACAAGGUGGGCGUGUGAAGAUUGACUGGAGCUGUGCACCUUUCAAAGCUGGAUUAAGAAAUUAUAGACCAAGGGCUUGCCGAUGGUAUGGACAAUCUAGCAUCUACAGUUGUGCUGUCAAUGCCUCUUACAACUGGUGGACAUCCCCUGUUUACAGCAAGUUAAGCUACAGUCAAAUUGGUCAGAUGAAUUGGGUUAGAAACAACUACAUUAUCUACAACUACUGCACUGAUUAUAAAAGAUUCAACUGGAAUAUGCCCGCUGAAUGUUCUUUAGAGCAAUAUUAGAAGUUAGAAAAGAAUUUCUUUUGAAUCAUUUGGAUCCAAAAGAGGUGAAUAAACUAUUGG